GAAUGGGAUCCAUGUCUUGCAGACGCCAUUAAAGCAGAACCAGACCCUGUGCCUAAGGUUUUCAACUUCUUUGCCCUGAAUGCAUACCAGACAAGCUAUCUUUAUAAGCGAUCAAAUCUGUGUCCAAAACUAACUUAUGGACGUGUAAAGAAAAUUACAGAGGACUCGGGUGAGUAUAACAGAUUUCAGAGAUUUUCCAGCAAGAGUCAUUUAGCAAAUCAUUCACCAACCUGUCCUGAAAGUAAUGCUCAUCAUCAUAUCAUGUGUAUACAAGUUGCACAGGCAAACACAACUCAGAUCAGUUAUUGGUUAUACUUUACAAGGUUUUAAACCAGACACACAAUACAACAACCAAAUGGUAGCAUAACGCCGUAAAUGAUCCAAUAAACGCCCAGUCUCAAAUAAGCGCUUCUUUUCUGAUAAACGCGCGCGCCCCUUCUACAAGACCCACGAUGUUAAGUUUGUAUUAGACGCCACUCUCUAAUCAACGUCCCCCGUCUAAUAGACGCUCCCACGACAAGAUCAGAGAGGAUUAAACAGGGGCACCCAACGAGAAUAUAGUUCAAAACCACUUAAACAUAGCAUUGUUAAACGUAUUUUAGUAUUUAAACGGUAGGUAUAGGCAUAUUUUUAUCCCCUAAAAAAUUUUCAUCUGUUCGGAUUUCCUAGCUGAAAGUCUAGUGAUCCGAAAAUUAUAAGGAACAAAACCUACCUUCUCGAAAAUUUCCGCCAGAAAAAAGGCUCCCAAAAAAUUCUAGGUGACUUUUUUAGGGUAAAAAUCCGUUAAAAAUGACCAAUUAUACCAUUUUGUUAGAUGUUUGAAAAUCCUAAGAGAGGCAGGCAAGCAACAAAUUUACAAAAAAUGUUCCGAAAAUUUUAGACCUCCAACCGUCUUUCGAACAGAUAUUUCCGAAAAUUGACAUGGGGUGGUCAUGAUUAAAAUCAAUCAAGUUUGCUCAGUUUCUUGCUGGAUUAAAAAGGGUUUGUGCAUUGAAUCUUGUUCAAUGCCAAGUUUAAAGUAACAAUAGGCUAUAACAAUGACAACAUAGUAAAUUUGACCAAGGAUUCUGUCACAGAAGCAACUUCUAUAAGAUUUGAAAGAGCAAGAUGGAUCCCUAGUCGGCAUAGACGUUUCAAUUGAUGGUGUGAAUAUUCCACUAUUUAUAAACUCUCCCGAUAGUUCUGUUGAGCUUGUUACAGUUAUGAGAAUAAACGCCUUCUCUGGAAGCCUAUACACUUAAUCACUCAUCCCCUUUCCCCUCCCCCCCCCCCACCCUUGGGCUUUCCUUGCUAAAUUGUAUAUUUUGAAAUGUUUCAUACUUUCAUCCACCUAUACCUACAAAAUCAUCUAAGUUCAUCCGGCGGUAUCCAAGGCAAGCAACGCUCGCUUUAUCCUCAGUUUUCCCCGUAGGCCUUCAGUAUUCUCCCUGGAUCCCCUUGCUGGCGUGGCAACAGGGGUGGCAAUCAUUAGAGCAUGUAAUUAGCCGUUUUCCGCCUCUUCCAAAAAGUUACUUUACUAUUAACAUUUUUUUUGUAGGCAUACUAAAAGAAGAAGGGCUCUCCAAUAUAGGUAAGCGCAACUUUUUCUUAUUCCCGCGUAAUGUUCUCGGCGAAAACGUGUGUAUUGGUUAAGCUUUCAAACCCUUACGCAAUAAAUCCCCAAAAGUGAGUUUUCUCCUAACUCCCCACCCCCCGGGGGGCACCAACCAAAUAUGCCAGUCUCCUUUAUUCAGCUGUUUAUUACGUUUCUUAAUUCGAGCAUUCGAGGUUUCUCGGUAACUGACCACCUACCCCUCCCCUAAGUCACAAUUUUGUCCUAAGUGAAAAGGAAGUACUAAUGUUAGGGGAGGGGUAGGUAGUCAGUUUCCCAAAUGAUCCCUUAAUUCUUUUUAGCGGAUGAUCACUACGAAAACUGCGUUGGAGAUGCUUUGAAGAAAUGCACAGUGGAAGAAAUGCGUGUAAACGGGGAAGACGAUGACAAAGACGAAUACGUGUUCUUCAACUGCAUGAAAACAGAGCAAAAGACCUGCAAUCCGCUCAUCAUGCGCCAUUUUAUGGAUCAGAUGGACGCGUACAAGAAACGUUGGAAGAAACUAAUGGAACUAGAAGAGAUCGAGGGGAUGUGA